GCAAUCCACUGCCACCUCAACAACAACAGAAACGGCUGACGACAAAAGGACGUGAGAGAGGGAGGAGCGAUCAGAGCAUCCACUGCAUGCAUUACAUUAACAACCCACCAGCUACAUACCAGACACACACAUACACACACACACACACACGUUCAUCUCCGUAAGUACAGGUUUGAGGAAACGACAAGCAUGGCUGGGGUGACGAUGAACGCCCUUCUUGUGUUACUACUGGGCGUGGUGCUGCUGUGUUGUGGCCUUGGCACGGACGCCAAGACCCUCGCAGACUCCGCAACGUGCGACGAGAAGUCUUGGUUUGGCGCUGUUCGCAGCGCAGACCUGUUCACGGUGGAGGCGUGCUUGAAGGAGCACCCGGAACUGGGCAACAAGGAAGAUGCGGUCGGGUGCACGGCAAUUGUGAACGCCGCGGCCAACAAGCACCUGGACGUGGUGCAGGCGCUUCUCAAGGCCGCGCCGGAGCACGUGAAUGUCAACCACCAGUGCAGGUCUGGCAAGGCGGCCCUGCAUCACGCCGCGCAGCAAGACAACGUGCCCAUGGUCCGCGCGCUGCACAAGAAGGCUGGCAGCCUCGAUUUGCAGGACAAGGACGGCAACAGCCCGCUCUCCAUCGCCGCGCAAUACGGCAACAUCCGUACCCUCGCCUACAUGAACUCCCUCACCGAGGAAAUCUUCGACACGUGGAGCGGAAGCGAGCUCCUGUGGGCUGCAGCACACCACAACACGGAGCACGUCAAGGUUGCGCUGUCGCGGGAGGGAGCGCAUGUGGAAGAACGGGACGGACACGGCAACACGGCGCUGCUGUGGGCUGCACGCACAGGCAGCGUCGCCAUGUUCAACGAGGUCAUCAAGCACGGCGCGGACAUCACGGCGGAAUCCGAGUCCGGCUGGACGGCGCCGUUCUACGCUGGCUAUUUCAGGAACAAGCGUCUCAUGCAGGAGUUGGUUAAGCACGGCGUGGACGUGCACAAGAAGGACAAGAUUGGCUGGACAGCCAUGAUCUGGACCGCUGCUGGCGGCGAUGUGGAGACCAUCUCCAUUCUCCACAGCGCAGGCGCCUCCAUCCAGGAGCAAGGCGCGCACGGGUGGACACCGCUGAUGAUGGCUGCUGCGCGCGGGAAGCACAAUGCCGUCAACUACCUGCUGCGGAAAGGCGCCGACUGGCGGGCACUGAACGACCGCGGCCAGAUGGCCUGGCAGAUUGCCAAGGAGAAGGGCCACGAUGACGUGUACAAGACCCUGUACCGCGUCUUCCAGAUUGCCGAGGGCAAGCACGACGAGCUGUGAGCGUUCCCAACACAGCAACCAAGCCACUCAACGACGACGGAAGAAGAAGAAGAAGUGCGUCACCACAAAGGGGGGCGGAGCACAUGUCACGCGUUGUCAUGUCUCACACGUUGUCACACGUUGUCACACGUUAUCACACGUGUCACAACACAUCCAGAUCUUGCGACGCAUCCUCCCACAGCACAUUUCCCGCUGUCCGACACCAUAAAAUUCUCUUUUGCUGA